AUGAUUGUUCCAAUAUUAGACCUUUCGCAGGCUUUCGACAAAGAGGCUCGAUCAGAGUUGAUUCUGCAGCUCCGGGAUGCCCUACUCUCCGUUGGUUUUUUCUACGUGACAAAUGUUCCCAUUGAUGACCAUCCAGGGCUGCUACAGAGUCUGACUUCGCAAGCCACUGAGUUUUUUGCGCUGCCAUCGGAAUCCAAGUCGCGGCUUUCCAUGGCCAAUUCACCCCACUUUCUGGGGUAUUCUGGUUUUGCCAGUGAGAUAACUGCCAAUGCCAGAGAUCUCCGUGAACAUAUCGAACUUGCAACGGAGCUCCCUGCACCACCGAAGUCGACUUUGACCAAAGAAGACGAAGUUUGGCGUAAUUUGGAAGGUCCUAACCAGUGGCCUGAGCCUGAGCAGAUACCUCAGUUUAGACCUGUGGUAGAACGCUAUAUCUCAGAAACCUCGAAAUUUGCACGGUGGUUUAUUAGUCUUGUUGCAGAGGCUCUUUCGCUUGAUCCUAGCGCUUUUGAUGCAUUUUUCAAGCCCAAUCAGCAGUGCAAAAUGAAACUCGUCAAGUAUCCAGAGUCCGGGGCUCAUCCCGAUGGAGUCCACGGCUGUGGGGCUCACCGCGACUCGAAUUUCUUGACAUAUUUGUACCAGGCAACUCCUCAUGUAUCGCUUCAAAUCCAAGAUCGACUCAACUCGGGUGCCUGGGUGGAUGUUCCGCCUAUUCCAGACACGCUGGUCGUUGCAGUUGGUCAAACGUUGGAGUAUAUCACCAAGGGUGUGUGUACGGCCACGGUCCACAGGGUUUUGGCUCCAGAACCGGGAAUUGGCGACAGGCUCUCUGUUCCAUUUUUCCAGACAAUUGAUGCGGCAUGCGUAGCUUCUAGCCUCGAAAUACCCGAAGAACUGUUGCGACUACGUGAUGCUCGGACUGAGCGUGGAGAAAAGAUCGGGUUUCAAUUUGCGGCCGACGGUUCGAAACCUGUCGGAUGGACAGUGCUACUGAACAGGAUCAAAUCGCACCGUGAUGUGGCCCAGCGCUGGUAUCCGGAAUUACUGGCAUAUGUUUUAGCACAGGUUUGA